UGUAAACCGUAUGUAAACCGCGCGUGUGUGUGUGUGUGUGUGUGUGUGUGUGUGUGUGUGUGUGUGUGUGUGUGUGUGUGUGUGUGUGUGUGUGUGUGUGUGCGUAUGUGCGUGUGCGCGUGUGCGUGCAGAACCGAGUUAUCAAAGAAGGAGUUGCAAUCCACACAGAGAUCAUUAACCUCUCUGAGACAUGGAGGAUCAGCUAACUGCGGUGCGGGAGGAACACAAAUUCAAUGUUCCUCGGCUGCAGAAAUAUCUGUCCGGAAAGUUGAAGGUUCAAGUGAGCGAUCGCCUCACCGUCAGACAGUACAGCUCCGGCCAGUCCAACCCGACCUUCCUGGUGCGGACCCCGGCGGAGAGCCUCGUCCUCAGGAAGAGACCCCCGGGGUCCCUGCUCCCCGGCGCGCACAGGGUGGACAGGGAGUUCCGGGUUCAGAAGGCUCUGUCCUCUGUUGGUUUCCCUGUCGCUCGCCCCCUGCUGCUCUGCUCCGACGAUGAUGUCAUCGGAACCGAGUUCUACCUGAUGGAGCAUGUGAAUGGCCGGGUGUUCCGGGACCUGCGUCUCCCCGGGGUGAGCCCGGCCGAGCGGGCGGCGCUGUACGUAGCGGCGGUGGAGAUCCUGGCCCGCCUCCACAGCCUCCGCCCCGCCGACCUCCACCUGAUGGACUACGGACGGGGACACGCCUACUGCCAGAGACAGGUGUCCACCUGGACCCGGCAGUACCAGGCCUCGGCCCACCAGGACGUCCCGGCCGUCAGCGAGCUCUCCCAUUGGCUGAGCCUCAACCUGCCGUCCGACCGGGACGAGGUCACUCUGGUCCACGGAGACUAUCGCCUCGACAACCUGGUGUUCCACCCCACCGAGGCGCGGGUGUUGGCGGUGUUGGACUGGGAGCUGUCCACGACCGGCCAGCCAAUGGCUGACCUCGCCUACUUCCUGAUGCCUCACUAUUGGCCGCAAGAGCUCAGCUUCCUCAGCACCAUGGGAAGCGUGAGCGGAGUACCAGGGGUCCCCAGCCCGGAGGAGCUCAUGUCGGUGUACCGGCGGUGCCGCGGGCUCGAGUCCCCCCUGCCGCCGCUCAACUUCCACCUGGCGCUGUCCAUGUUCAAGAUGGCCGCCAUCGCCCAGGGGGUGUACGCGCGCCACCUGAUCGGCAACGCCAGCGCCCCCAACGCGGCGGAGUUCGGACGGUUGGUGGAGCCGCUAGCCAAGGCGGCGCUGCAGCUAGCCACCGGGUCUCUUCCGGGUCCGGAGAGCCGUCUCUUCCUGCAGAGCCCGCGGGGACAGGAAGUCCUCCAGCGGGUCAAGGAGUUCAUGAGGGACCACGUACUUCCUGCCGAGAAGGAAGUGGCCGAGUACUACGAGAGACACGGCGCCGGUUCCCCUCAGCGCUGGGAGACCCCUCCGGUCAUCGAGGACCUGAAGGCUAAGGCGAAGGAGGCGGGACUAUGGAACCUCUUCCUGCCGGCGGUCAGCGGUCUCUCCCAGCUGGACUACGCCCACAUCGCGGAGCAGACCGGCCGCUGUUUCUACGCCCCCGAGGUCUUCAACUGUCAGGCUCCCGACACAGGAAACAUGGAGGUACUCCACAUGUUCGGCAGCGAGGAGCAGAAGAAGAAGUGGCUGGAGCCCCUGCUGAGAGGAGAGAUACGCUCCUGCUUCUGCAUGACAGAGCCCGCCGUAGCAUCCAGCGAUGCCACCAACAUGGAGUGUUCUCUGCAGCGGGACGGGGAGACGUACCUGGUGAACGGCACCAAGUGGUGGAGCAGCGGUGCCGGUAAUCCCAGGUGUAGCAUCGCCAUAGUGAUGUGCAGAAACAGCUCCACCGACCACAGGCACCAGCAGCACAGCAUGGUCCUGGUUCCGAUGGACGCCCCGGGGGUGAAGCGAGUUCGACCGCUCACCGUGUUCGGACAGGAUGAUGCCAUCCAUGGUGGCCAUUUUGAGAUACAGUUUGACAACGUGAGAGUCCCUCUGAGCAACAUCAUCCUAGGGGAGGGGCGGGGCUUCCAGAUCGCCCAGGGCCGUCUGGGCCCGGGGCGGCUGCAUCACUGCAUGCGGGCCGUGGGAUUGGCCGAGCGCGCCCUGGAGCUGCUCUGUCGCCGCGCCGCCGCACGCCACGCCUUCGGGAAGAAGCUCUACCAGCACGAGGCGCUGGCCCACCAGGUGGCGGAGAUGCGUCUGCUGAUCGAUCAGAGCCGUCUGCUGACGCUGAGCGCCGCCCACGCCGUCGACACCGUCGGGAACCGCGCCGCGCGCCAGCAGAUCUCCCUGAUCAAGGUGGCGGCUGCCCGGAUGGUGUGUCAGGUGGUGGACUGCGCCAUCCAGGUGCACGGGGCCGCGGGGGUCUCCUCUGACUUCCCCCUCGCCCAGAUGUAUAUGUACGCCAGGACGCUGCGCAUCGCCGACGGGCCGGACGAGGUCCACCUGUCCUCCAUCGCUCACCUGGAGCUCCAGGACCAGCUGAGGAAGACCAGGGCCCGGCUCUGAGGAAGACCAGGGGCCAGAGGAAGGCCAGGGCCCGGUUUUCUUUAAUUGUGUUCAUUAGUUUUCAGAAUAAGAAUUGUUUUGCAGAUCAGUGUAACGAUGAGCUUUUUUGAAUUGGAUAAUCAAGAGAAGAAUAAAUAAUGAUGAAAAUCGGAAAAAAUGUAUCACGAAAUAUAAACAUUUACAUAUUCACAUGCCCCUACAUGUACAUAUAUUAAUAUAUAAAUCCUAAUAUUUUAUUUUAUUUAAAUUUAAAAUGACUAACAAAUAAAA